UCUCACGCAAUCGGAGUGAGACUCACGCAUUUCAACCAGUUCACACGCUCUCACGCCACACAUUGUAUUUCUCACGCUGAGAAGGGAUAACUUGUCCCGCUGCAAUUACUAUACAAUUAAUAUACAAUUAAUAGAUGUGGGAAUACUGAGGUAAGUUUUCUGCCGAGUUCAUAGCUCUCUCGACUCUCGAGUUAUAGAGUUAAAUGCCACCUACCAGCCAAUCAGAAAUUAGGAUGUUGUUGUUUCCGUUUAAAUUACGCGAUUCUGCCUCAAGCUGGUUCGUUACUAAGCAACAUGGAUGCGCGCGCACAUGGAGUGUAAAUUGGAAGAGAAAGAUCCGAUGAAUGCUGUAGCUCCACCAGAUGUUCAUGUCUUUGUGCCAAAAGUGUCCGAUGAUCACAGUAAGCUGGUUCUGAGCUGUCUGGCCACUGGUUUCUACCCCAGAGAUAUUGAGAUGAACAUUACAUUGGACGGAACCGUUCUUGGGAACCAAAGAUCAUCUGGAAUCAGACCAAAUACUGAUGGAUCCUUUCAGAUGAGAACCAGUGUGGAGAUUGAUGUAAAUCACAAAGGGUUUUAUGACUGUCUGGUCAUUCACAGCAGUCUGACUCUGACACGACCGAUUUUAACAGUGUGGACCAUAUAUCAACAAAACUUUAGUGUGUCUAUUACAGCAGGAAUAGCAGCAGCUGUAGUUAUAUUUCUCUCUCUAAUUGGUUACUACCAAUUGAAAAGGUCCAAAGAUAAACACUUCAUCCGCUACAAGUUUGCAGCCUUUUGCAAAGCAAACACUCAUCCUGUGUUCAAAGCUGUGUGUGUGUGUGACGACAGACAGAUCGCUCAAUACAGUAAUGAAGAAAGAGUUUGGAAAAGAUCGAGUCGGACUGAAGAUGACUGGAUCAAUGCUCCUGAAGAACCAGAGUCUAGAGACUGGUUCCUCCAUCAGUUAAACACUCUGUCAAACUGCACAGACUCACAGUGUUCUGAGCUCCAUGUUCUUCAGAGAACAAUUGGUUGUGAGCUGGAGAAACGUCCUGAUGGAUCAGAGAAGAGUCUGAGAGUUUUUGAUGAAUAUGGAUUUGAUGGAGAGGAUUUCAUUGCCUUUAAUUCUGACACUCUGCAGUGGAUUGAUAAAAACCCCAAAGCUAAAGAAACUAAAAGGGAAUGGGAUCAGCAAACAGAACGAAACCAGUUCCUGCAGCAUUACCUCAAGAACUGCAUAAACUGGAUCUCCACAUUUAACAACACUAAAAUGACUCCACCAGAUGUUCAUGUCUUUGUGCCAAAAGUGUCCGAUGAUCACAGUAAGCUGGUUCUGAGCUGUCUGGCCACUGGUUUCUACCCCAGAGAUAUUGAGAUGAACAUUACAUUGGACGGAACCGUUCUUGGGAACCAAAUAUCAUCUGGAAUCAGACCAAAUACUGAUGGAUCCUUUCAGAUGAGAACCAGUGUGGAGAUUGAUGUAAAUCACAAAGGGUUUUAUGACUGUCUGGUCAUUCACAGCAGUCUGACUCUGGCACGACCGAUUUUAACAGUGUGGACCAUAUAUCAAUAAAACUUUUAUGCUUAAAACUUUUUUACUAACUGUAGGAGUA